CAUCAACGUUCUUUCUAGAAAAGAAGUCGGCAUACAUAUAUAUAUAUAUAUAUAUAUAUAACAUCAAAAUUUAUAAAUAAAGCACUAAAAACCAUGACGAAAAGUCAGGCUUUGAUCUCCUUUUCAUGCCUAAUCGUCUUCCUUUUCUAUCACUGCACUGCAACAUUAGCUCAGUCAUCAUCGUCGUCACCAGCCCAGGCACCAUUCACAUCUAAGAAUCAUCCUUCAUCUCAAUCCCAAGCUCAAUCACCGGAGCCACUUGUCCAAGCGCCGCCAGCAGCCAAAUCUAGGAGAAGAGUACAACCCACCAACGUUACAGAAAUCCUCGACAAAGCCGGUGGCUUCAGCGUCUUCAUUCGCCUCCUAAUAAGCACUGACGUCAUCACUCCGAUCGAAAAUGAUCUCAACGUUUCUAACACCGUCACCAUUUUGGCUCCAACCAAUGGAGGAUUCUCAGCUCUUAAGGCUGGAACUCUCAACACUCUCUCUCCCCAACAAAAAGUCCAACUGGUCAAAUACCACGUCCUCCCAACCUUCGUAGCCCUACAGAACUUUCAAACUCUAACUAACCCGGUUCGCACUCAAGCCAGCAACACUCGUGACUUCCCAUUAAACAUUAUUACUGACGGAAAUUCUGUCAACAUAUCAACUGGUGUUGUCAACACAACCAUAUCUGGAACGGUUUACUCGGAUAACCAGCUGGCUAUCUAUCGGGUCGAUAUGGUGUUGCUUCCUAUUAAAAUUUUCGCUCCUAAGGUGAGCUCACCGGCUCCGACACCGGUGGUGUUAAAACCUAACAAGCAGGCUUCUUCUUCAUCGUCAUCAUCAUCGACAGCAACAGCAUCGUCUGGAUCACCGUCGCCGUCGUUAAAACCAUCUUCAACAUCUACAUCAUCGUCACCCACAACAUUGGAUGAACCAGUUGCCACAGUGGAUACAUCUGGUGUUCUUAAGCCUACCGGAACUAGUGGGGUGUUAAUCUCCGUUGGGCUGGCUGCUGUUGCUUUGUUGUUAUGAUCGGAGUUACAUCCAACUAUUGAUUUUGAAUAAUAUUGGUCCUUUCCUUUGUCUAUGACCACUAAUUA